AUGUUCUACUCCGAUGUGAUCUUGGCCAAGCGCGGUGCGCUGAGCAAAGUAUGGGUGGCAGCUCAUUGGACCAAGCGGCUGACCCGUAAGCAGAUCAGUGAUGCCAAUGUUGUUGAGGCUUGCAAUACCAUCAUCAAGCCGCCAGUCGAGCUAGCCCUGCGCACUUCAGGGCACUUGCUGCUCGGCGUGGUGAAGAUCCACGACGAGAAGCAAUCGACCCUCGUCUCCGACUGCAACUUGGCCUUUCAUCGCAUUCAGGUGGUCUUUCGCCCAGAUGCCGUAGACGCUCCCAACACCACGGCUGCGUAUGCCACCAUCACCAUGCAGGACGAGCUCGUGGACUUUGACGACAACAUGUUUGACGAAGUAGAGUUGCCACCCCACGACGAGUUUAUCGCCCCUCGCGACGACCUCAUGAUGGAGGAAGACUUUGUCACUUCAUCUCAAUUCCACGCGCGGGGGGCCGCGGACGAGCUUGAUGAUGCUUUCCCACCAUUCAUGGAGCCGGAAGUGGGUCGUCACGACACCACCGUCGAGCAGGGCCGCGAUCGCGAUGACACGACCAUGUUUGAGGAUACAAUGGACAAACCCAUGGAAACCUCCAUGGCCCGGCUCAGCCCUGAUCCCUUCCCACCCAUGUUGGAAGACAUGCCCGAGCCAGAUUUGGCUGAGCCAGAUGCGGCCCAACUUCAGGGCGGGGAUGCCGCAGCUGACACCACCAUGCCUGAAUUGCCGGCAGCACCACACACGGCCACAGUGUGGAACGUGGUGGAGGAUGCAGAUGAAAUUGAACUGCCGGCACGCGCCGCAGCCGCGCCUGCGCCAACUCGGCAGGGCAAUCGACUAUCCAAGCGCCGUUCGCGCAAGCUCGUCAUUGACGCCGUCACCACCAUCACCAAUGCUGAGAUGAAGGCCAAUCUGGCACCUGGGGGCAACAAUGACCUUUCUCUGCAACCCUGGAGUGCCGAAUUUUGGUUGGCCGAGUGGCCGCAAACGGGCCAAAAGCGGCGCUUUGAGGAGCAUUUUGACCUGACUGAGGCUUUGCAGCCCUCUCUGGUGGCGAUUGCCGCCAACCCCACGGUCGCCGGCGUGCUGCGUAAACGAUUCCGGCCCGUGCAGCGGGCUGAUUACGUGCCCGAGCGCAUUGUUGAGACAGAGCUUCCCUUUGUAAAGGAGGAUCUGCCCGAGCCUGAUGCGCCAGACUUCAACAUGACCGAGGAUAUGCAGCCUGGAGCGGCUAUCGACUUUGAUUUGGAGCCACCCGAGUUUAACGACCCGCUUGUACCAGAGGCUGACACGGAGGAGGCCACAACCUCACUUGCGCAGUCAGCACGCAAGGCGGCGCCCGUGCGUGGCCUCGAUGACGAGGAAGACGAGGAGGAGGAUGAGAUGCUAGUCACGUCGGCGCAGUUUGAGGCCGCGGGCUGGUCCAAGCGGACCAAGAAAAUGUUGAGCAACUUUCAAACAUACUUUCAAGAAACUGAUGAGCUCAGCUAUGAGACGCUCACGACAAAUCACACUCGGCGGGCUGCGGCGCAGACGCUAUUGGAGGUUCUCGUUCUCAAGUCCAAGGGCUUUAUUGACGUUGAACAGGCUGAGCCGUUUGGCGACAUUUCCCUGACAGCGCGCCCGCUGAUGAUGCAGUCGUGA